AGCCGACUUGGAAGGACUGUGGGGACAUGGAGAGACUGGCCAGGGAGUCAGCACUGAAAGCCCUGGGGACAGAAGGCCUCUUUCUCUUUUCCUCCCUGGACACUGACGGGGAUAUGUACAUCAGCCCCGAGGAGUUCAAACCCAUUGCUGAAAAGCUGACAGGGUCAACACCUGCCGCCAGCUACGAGGAGGAGGAGCUGAUCCCUGACCCCACGGAGGAGACGCUCACCAUAGAAGCCCGAUUCCAGCCUCUGCUCCCAGAGACCAUGACCAAGAGCAAAGAUGGGUUCCUAGGGGUGAGUCGGGACACUGGUGGCCCAUCAGAGUCUGUUCCCCACAGGAUCCAUGCCGAGUUCCAGCUCAGCGAGCCUCCAGACUUCCCCUUCUGGUUCUCCCCAGGCCAGUUCACUGGCCACAUCAUCCUCUCGAAAGAUGCCACCCAUGUCCGUGACUUCCGGCUCUUCGUGCCCAAUCACAGGUCUUUGAAUGUGGACAUGGAGUGGCUGUACGGGGCCAGCGAGGGCAGCAGCAUGGAGGUGGACAUUGGCUACGUACCCCAGAUGGAGCUUGAAGCCAUGGGCCCCUCAGUGCCCUCGGUGAUCCUGGAUGAGGAUGGCAACGUGAUUGACAGCCGCCAGCCCUCAGGGGAGCCCCUCCAAUUUGUGUUUGAGGAGAUCAGGUGGCAGCAGGAGCUGAGCUGGGAGGAGGCCGCCCGGCAUCUGGAGGUGGCCAUGUACCCCUUCAAGAAGGUCACCUACCUGCCGUUCACCGAGGCCUUUGACCGAGCCAAGGCUGAGAACAAGCUGGUGCACUCAAUCCUUCUUUGGGGGGCCCUGGAUGACCAGUCCUGCUGAGGUUCAGGGCGGACUCUCCGGGAGACUGUCCUGGAAAGUUCGCCCAUCCUUGCACUCCUCAAUGAGAGCUUCAUCAGCACCUGGUCCCUGGUGAAGGAGCUCGAAGACCUGCAGAGCAACCAGGAGAACCCAUCCCACAGGCAGCUGGCUGGCCUGCACCUGGAGAAGUACAGCUUCCCGGUGGAGAUGAUGAUCUGCCUGCCCAACGGCACUGUGGUCCACCACAUCAAUGCCAACUACUUCCUGGACAUCACCUCCAUGAAGCCUGAGGACGUGGAGAACAAUGUCUUCAGCUUCUCCUCCACCUUUGAAGACCCGUCCACGGCCACCUACAUGCAGUUCCUGAAGGAGGGACUCAGGCGCGGCCUGCCCCACCUCCACCCCUAGUUGCCUGCUGGGCUGGUGGGAAGCCAGGCUGGACAGGACCUGGUAAACAGGCCCCGCAGGCCCCUGGGCCAGAGUGGACCCUGGCCCACUUCAGACUUGAGACCCUCCCCACGCCCACUCCACUCCUAGGCUGCUUUGUGGCUUUGAAGUCAACUGAGGGCAGCCACCUAGCUUUGCCUCAAUGACACGGGUAGCUUAGAGGGGGCCCGAGCUGACAGGGUGAAUGAGCUGUGAUCUCUGGUACCACCAUUAGCCCUUCCCUACCCACCUGGCUCCAGAUGCCACCUGGGAUUCCCCAACACUGGCCCAGGUGACCUACCUGGACCUCCCUCACCCAGUCACAUAGUCCAGCGGGGAGAAGUGGGCCAGAAAGAAGGGGACCUCCUCUCCUGCUUCUUGCCCUCCUCCCAAAGGAAGCACCCAGGACCGUGGCUGGGGACCAGGCUGCCUUGUAGCAUUGCUGUCUGCAGAGCCUGCCUUCCUGCCACACCCCGGCUGCUCUCCUGUGUAUGAUGUCCCCAGCUGGGGUCAGCCUCAGCUGGAGACAGCCUGCUGGAGCCUGUGUGCAGGGCCUCCUACUAAGGGAAGCCACCCUGUGGCGCUGCUGCUCCCCAGCCACACACAGACCCAACAAUAGGUCUCCAGAACCUAAUUAGGAAAUUGGGGAAGUUACUGUGAAGCAGGCUCCUGCUUUAGCAGGGGGCCCCUGAGGAGUCCCUGAGGCCCAGGGCAGGGCAUUCCCACCACCUGCCUAGCACAGGGUCACAGCAGGACUGCUGGAGCCAGUCCCCAUCACACUUCUUCACCACCCCCCAGACCCUGACUCCAUAGAAGAUAGCCCAGCCAAAGAACAGCCUGUCCCAGAGCCAGCGCUGUCCAGGCCACUAGGGGUACCUCAGACCAGCUCAUCUACCACUGGGUGGCCACCAACUCUCCUUGGCCACUCUCGAGGCCUUGGUCCAUUUCCUGAGCCACUGACUACAGCCAGUCUUUUUUAUACAUGCAGAAAAGUGUUUUUAUGUGAACUUUCUCACAUUUAUAGGUAUUUUUUUAUGACCCCUGUGCUGAGGAGGAAGAAGGGGGCAGUGGCCUCCCCCAGCAGCCGCCCCAUGACGGCUGGAUCUGAAAUCCUAGAUGGACCCAGCUUGAUGUCUUUGCAGUUGCAUGCAUGGGAAGAAAUAUGCCUCCUCCUUCUCCUCCCCCAGCUUUUUAAAAACAUCCUAGAGGAUCAGAAUACCCCACUCCACCCUGCCCUCCACCCAGGAGGCCCUGGGACUACCCUCAUUAAGGCCUUAAAAUCAGCCCAUGCCCCAUUGCCCCAUUCUCUUCCUGGUCCCCUCACCCCUCAGCUCAUCCUGACAGAGGAAGCAGGGGGCAGACUUCCUCAGACACUCCCUGCCCUGCCUGCCUGCCCCGGGAGCACAGCCUGGGAGCCUCCAUUUUGCACCAAGUAUGACAACAGCAGCCAUUGCCCAGAGCCUUCUCUCCGAGGCAGUAUUUCCCACUUAGUCGCUACAACAAAAAUGUGAAGUGGACAGCUAUUUCCCAUUUUGUAGAUGAAGACGUUCAAGUCUCAGGGAAGUGAAGUGACCUGCCCCGUGGUCACUCAGUGCUGGAACUGAGACAGCAAACCCAUAUAUGACUCCAAAUCCUGUGUCUUGAUUUGGGGGUGCUUUGACAUUGCACCCUGCUUCUCUCCCUGCCUGUUUCCUCUGAGUGGAAAAGAAUGCUUUUUAAAUCAUCAUGACUCAUCCCCUCUGAUCUUCAGACCAAACUCAGAAUAAAUAGCGGGAGCCGCUGAAUGCAGCCAGGUUCUCUGUCCUUCCAUGCCCCUCACAGGGGGAGGAGGCACCAGUGCCUCCACCAUCUUGCCAGACCCAUCCCAGAGCCUGCUGGCCUCAGCAGAGACCUGGCCUCUCCACCCAGCAAGCUCUUCCCCUCCUGCUGCUCCCAGAGGGCUCUCUCCACACAACAAUCCUGGUCCCAUCCAGGGGCUGAUGGCUUCAGUUUCCUGAAUCCUCAUCAGCUGCCUUUGCCCAUCCCCAGCUGGGGAGGGCCUUCGCCACCCUCUUGUUACCCCUUUGCCUCUUACUUCCCGGGUCCCCAACAUGUCCUAUAAUAAAAUAGGAGAGGCUA